AUGACUCGGACAGUUUACUUAAAUGGCUUGCAGAGAGCUCUCGCCGUGCAGUUGUGUUGGUUGCAAGGUCAACACGCAUCACACAACUGCGUUUUUGUGGUAAAGGAAAAUAAAUCAGCUGAGAGAACGGGAUUUGAAAAUGGUAGCGUGCCUCAAUAUUCCAUCCGUUUGUCGUCGACUCAAAAACGAGAAAAAAAACAUCAACAAUCGAACAAACUAGAGGUGAAGAGUGGAUUUAAAAUCAUCACCUUUACAGUCUAUUCUACCUUCCUGGUUCAAUUACCGCCAAUUCAUUAA